CACAAAGUGUCUGCCUGUUAACUGCUACUGGAUUUUAUGGUUGGAGAAAUAAUAGGUUAUAAUGGGGCAAUAUGUACUGUAGUCCAUCAGCAAUCGAUGGGGUAGUCGCCACAAGGCAUCGGAGGUUAUUGAUUGAGGGUAAUCCUCAAGGUCCAGCUGUUGGUCGCUCAAACAGGACAAUGGGCCAAAUUGAACGGCCUGGCUCUGAAGGCUGGAAUUGGGUAUCGCGAUGCGGGCCGUUCGACCCUCAAGUCUCUUGAUUCUCUUC